AUGUCGUUAGUAACCUCGCUUACGAUUAUUGAACUUUUCUUGCUCACCCUUGCUUCUUUAACUCUUUACACCGCUCAUUUUUAUUUUCGUUAUUUUACGCGAAAAAGCAAGGUCCCGGGACCAGUUCCACUUCCUAUAUUCGGUACCCUACUUUACUCUUACAAAGUAGGCACGUUUAAUUUCAUUAGGGAUUGUUAUGAAAAAUAUGGACCAAUAUUUGAGAUUUAUGUCGGUGACAAUUUGAUUACCCAUCGAGAAAUUUAUUUAAGUAAACCGGAACUUCUUGAAAAAAUCUUUUCGAAUUCAACAAAAAGUAAUUUUACAUUACGAAAUCCAAGUCAUGACGGAAUGGACGAAUUGGGAUUUGGUAAGAACGGUAUGGUUAUGAACAGUGAUGUAGCUAGUUGGAAAAAAAACAGAAUGUUAUCUGUACCCUUACUCAUGAAUCCAGGUUUUUUGAAAAAUCAAGUGCAUGUAACACAAGAAAUGUUUAAGGAAAUGGAAAUUUGUUGGAAAUCGUUAUAUGAUGAUAAGAUCUUGUUGGAAUUUACUAGUUUGAUGCAAAGGUUUUCCUUGGAUUUGGUUAUUGCCUCGACGUUGGGUAAACCUUCUUUUGCGGUAAAAUCCCUUUACAAUUCUUUGGAUGGUACAAAUAAACAAAACGAAAAUUCAAGUGCAUAUAAAUCAAGUCAAGAUCUUAUUAGACAGGUUCAUUCAUUUUUCAAAUCCUUGUUAUUCUUUGAACAACCAGCUUGGUUACGUCACACACUCCUUCUUUACUACAAUAAUUAUUAUUUGAAUGAAAUGAAAUCUUUAAACAAUAGUAUAGAGAAUGAUAUUAAAAUACGUCGCGAAGAAAUAAUUAUGGACAUUAAGAAUGGAAUAAAUGUUCAAGAGAAAUGGCGGGAUAUAAUGUCUUUAUUUCUUUUGAAGUAUUCGAUAACGGAAAAUCAAGGAAAGACGUCGCAGAUUCAAGAUUUUGAUGUAACCGAUGACGUGAUUCGAUCGAACUUAACUGAAGUCUUUAUUGGUGGAGCCGAUACGACGGCAAAUUCAUUGAGUUUCACCAUAUAUUACUUGUGUAAGUAUCCCCAUGUGAAAAAACGGCUGUUUGAUGACAUCGACGUGAUUCUCUCAUCAAACACCUCUCGUGACGUCACUUUCGAAGAUAUUGAAAAAUUCGAAUACGGUGAGGCCGUAAUUAAAGAAGUAAAUAGAAUGACACCGGUAGCCCCUGUAAUUGAUCGUAGUAAUGUAGCAGAAGACGAAAUAGGUGGUUAUAGUUUUGAAGCGGGCACGAGAUUUAAUGCUUUCAUGGCACAAAUUUAUAAGAAUCCUGAAUACUUUAAGGAUCCUGAAGAAUUUAAUCCAGAUCGUUUUAUGAAAGGAUCAGAAAAUGUUUCACAUAAAUAUAAUAGCUAUUUACCAUUUGGUUCCGGAUUGCGCGUGUGCCCAGGUAGACAUGGUGCUAUGAUUGUCAUGAAAACAUUUUUAAUGUGUUUCCUUAAAACUUAUGAUGUUGAGUUUUUUGACAAAAAUCAAAAAUUGAAUGUUUCUUUUGAUGUGGGAUUUCAUUGUGAUGAAUACAAAAUUGCAAUCACACGUAAAUAG